GUCUUAUUUGCUGUUCCGAGAGCCAGCUGAAAGGCUAUCCGCUAUUCAGUGGAUGUUAGCAAACAAAGUAUCGGAGCUAGUGCCGGAAGAGGAACGACGACGAAGUAAAAUUGCAUCCCUGGAACCAUGCCAAGAUAGAGAAUUGGAUGAAACUGAAAGAGAUUGUCAUUUUCCUUGCUUUACAAGAAGCACAUUCGCUUGUAUUUACAAAGUUUUAUUCGGCACUUUAAAUGAAAUAGCCAAAUGCACACUGUCACUGCGUGCUGUCGAAAAAGGAACAAUAACGCAGGAUCAAUGCUUCGCAAACUGGAGAAAAGCUGCAAGCAGUUUUUGCUUGCUGUCAUUGUUAAUUCGUGUAAAGGUACGUUUUUAACG